AUGGAGAAGCAAGGUUCUAAGAAAAUCACUUGGGUGAUCAAGAAUUUCUCCUCUUUGACAGCCGCUAAGAUUUAUUCCGAUCAAUUUGAACUCGGUGGCUGCAAAUGGCAUCUUCUUGCCGAUCCUAGUGGAAAUAACGUUGAUUGCUUGUCUCUGUUUCUGGAAGUUGUUGAUUUCAAUUCUUUGCCUACUGGGUGGAAAAGAAACGUAAAAGUUGGGCUAACUAUAGUAAGACAGCAUCAAUCCUGCUGGGGAUAUCCAUCUAUGAUUCCCCUUGCCACACUCCAUGACACAAAUGAAGGAUUCCUUGUAAACGGAGAACUCAUGAUCGCUGCCGAGGUAGACAUUCUUCAAGUUAUUGGCACCUCAAUGGAAUCUGAAGAGACAGAUCCUUCGAAAAAGUUGAAGGUAGAACAUGUGAGCUCGAACCAAGACAAUUCAGUUGAUUUCCGGGCAAAGAUCCAACAUCUGAAGACAGGAUGCAUGAAUGUCUUGCUCAGCCUGACCCAUAUGCUGUGCCAAACACCUCAGGAGCUUUCCAUUGACGAUCUGGGAGAAGCAGAGAAAGCACUGGCUUACAUGAAAGAUUCAGGCUUGGAGGUGGAUUGGUUGGAGAAGAAGCUUGAGGAAAUAAAAGAAAAGAAGAAGAAAAAUUAG